UCCAAUUAGCCCAACUAAUACGGAGUAAAAUUUAUUUUUAAAAAAACCGGGAUUAUCGCCGGAAUUGCAGUGUUCACGGGGGAGACGAUGGGUUCUUGCAGCAAUGUCAGCAUCUUCUCGCCGCUUCCUACAAGACCAUCUUUAUCCCGCAUUUCUUCUACCAUUACCACCUUAGAUGCACUAAGAUUUCCGGCCCAGAAACGCCGACAGCCUUCCGCCACUGCGACAACCGGUCUCCGCUGUAUCUGUCAGCUGACAACCAUAGACCUCGCACCUCUAACCUCUGCAGCUUAUGGAACGCUUUUGUUUGGUGGCGGCCUCUUUGCCUAUACAAGAUCUGGAAGUAAGGGCUCACUUCUGGGCGGCUUAACCGGUGCUGGACUUAUGGGUACAGCUUAUUUUCUGAUGCAAGCAUCCGAGACAAAGGAAUUAGGUGAUGCCCUAGCAUUCGGAUCGGCUCUCCUCUUUGCUUGUGUAUUCGGAAUACGGUUGGGUGCUUCCCGCAAACUAGUCCCUGCAGGUCCUUUACUAGGGGUUUCCUUGGGAGCUCUGGCAGUGUUUAUUCUAGCCUACCUGCAAGACAAGGUGUGAUAGGCAUGUGGAAGAAUGGAUAGGAAUGAAACACUAUCUUGGCCAUUAAGGAUUCCUUAAUUGUUUCAUUUGGGCAAUGGAAUGGUGGCAAUAAUAUAAUUCUCUGCAUGUGUUUUUAGCAGAAGCUGAUGAAUUUGGUGGCAAGAAUUCUCUGUAAUCUCCUCAGUAGUGUUGUAAUAAACAAAUAAUGAAAUAUAUUAUCUCUGAUGAAAUGCAAAGCUGCUUCAAAUCAUGGGGGAGGAGUAAUGCUUUCCUGCUUAAA